GAGGACACCCACCGGCUCAGCUUGAUUCCCUCUCCCGCCCUGACCCUUCGGCAAAACCGAAGAAUGUCUUCCCAACCCGAACCUGGCGCCGAACCCGGGUCGGGCCGACCCGACGUCCUCGUCCACCGCCUCCCGUCCUUCGCUCUUCCCUUCCUCGCCCUGCUCUGCGACCACUUCACCGUCCUCGACCCGUGCACGGACUCGCCGGACGAGCCCGCCCACGCCUUCCUCGCCCGCCGCGCCGGCCUCACCCGUGCCCUCGUCUGCGUGGGGCCCAUCCCCCUCCCCGCCGACACCCUCCGCCUCCUCCCCUCCCUCCGGCUCGUCGUCGCCACCACCACCGGCGUCGACAAGAUCGACCUCCGCGAGUGCCGCCAGCGCGGCAUCGCCGUCACCAACGCCGGGACCACCUUCGCCGAGGACGUCGCCGACUACGCCGUCGCGCUCCUGCUCGACGUCCUCAGGCGGAUGUCCACGGCCGACCGGUACGUCAGGGAGGGCUCGUGGUUGAAGAACGGAGACUACCCGCUCGGAUUCAAGUUAAGAGGAAAGCAGGUGGGGAUCGUGGGACUGGGAAACAUCGGUUCCCAUGUCGCCAAAAGGCUUCAGCCCUUCGGCUGUGACAUCGCCUACAACUCGAGGAGCAAGAAGCCAUCAUUUCCGUAUCCUUACCACGCAAGCGUCCACGAUCUCGCCACCAAUUCUGAUGUCCUCAUCUUGUGCUGCACCCUCACCGAAGAAACCCGCCACGUGAUUGACAGAGAGGUCAUGACUGUUCUGGAAGAUCGAGGGGUCAUAAUUAAUGUGGGGCGAGGCGGUCUCAUCAAUGAGAAGGAGCUCGUGCAGUUCCUGAUGCGAGGGGAGCUUGGUGGUGCAGGCCUCGACGUGUUUGAAGACGAACCGAACGUGCCGAAAGAGUUGUUAGGUCUGGACAACGUGGUGUUGUCUCCGCACUCAGCCGCCUUAACUCCAGAAUCAUUCGAGGCACUGGGGGAGCUCACCGUGUCAAACCUGAAGGCUUUCUUCUCGAACCAGCCCUUGUCAUGCCUCGUCCAGGGCGAGUAACAAGGUGGCAAGGCGAGGCGGGGUGGUGCAUUCUUAUGGGUGAAGAGUAAAGCAUCAAGAGCUAAAUCAACGUUUUGUUGAACGCCAACGUCUCUCAAACGAUUCUCUUAUGAAUAUUUAGGGAGGAAAAUUUGCUUUCUGGCCCUUGUACUUUUGGAUCGAUCCCCCGAUUCAUACUUCAUACUUCGUAGAGCAA